AUGUUGCUUGGCACUUCCGAGAUCAAGAUUGCAUUGCUGGGCAACGUUUCAGCGGGCAAGACCACAGUAUUGAAUGCCCUUUUCAAGCAAAAGUAUGGCGAAGUUAGCAUGAAACGGACAACUGCAGGUGUGAACUACUUCAGGAUCUGCGCUCCUGGUACCGGGGCACCUGCUGAUGGCAAGAAAGAAGAAAUGACCAAAGCGGAUGAUGAUGGUAGCAAGGAACCUGUCAACGAAAAGAAGGAAGAACCCGCGGGCUGCAAGAAAGAAGACAGCCAGGAACCCAAUGUUGGCAACGGCGCCAACGCUGUGUCACCCCAAACCGAAGGAUAUGACGACAGCAAGGAACCCAUUGACGGCAGGAAGGACGACAACGUUGGCAGCGGCGCCAACGCUGGUGGGGCAGAAGACGGUGGCACCCCUUGGUUCCCGCACAGCGAUGAACCCCGCUCUGCCAAGUCGACUUUGGAAGAGAUCACAACAGACAAUAGGGAACUUCGAGAGAGUGUCGACGUGCAGGAGAAGUGGUUUGACAUUGAACUCACCGAGAACUUGGUGGAGAUGCGAAAGGGCACUCAACUGGUUGUAGUUGACAUUCCUGGUAUCAACGAAGCCGGAGCGUGCAGCAAGUACAAGGACAUUAGACCAGGUUUUCUGUUGAACCUCGUUGAAAACAACAGCAAGAGACGCGAGGAAGUUCCGAUUAUUGUCUUGUUCAACAAAGUGGACGAUCCAAGUGACAAAGAACAGGCAGAACUUGUUCUCGAAGCCAGGGAAGAACUUGCAAGGACCUUCGGAUCGGUGAACUUUGUUGUUGAUCCAGAGGAGGAAUCCAACCCAUUCAUGUCUCCACCUAAAGCUGGUACCCCAAGUCAGAAGUCAGACGGUGACAAGACUGAAUCGUCUUCUUUCGCAGCUCCUCAGUCUUCGUUCCCAGCCUCAACUUUUGGGACGUCUGGUGCGAUGGCAACUGCGACUACAAGUGAUGCCCCUGCACAGACACCAUUUGGCUCUGGAUCGUCAGGUCCUUUUUCUUUUGGGAGAUCUGGAGCAACUGGGACUUCAAGUAAUGCCCCUGUACCCACCCCAUUUGGCUCUGGAUCAUCAGGUCCAUUUUCUUUUGGGGCCUCGGCAACUGGGACUACAAGUAAUGCCUCUGCGCCCGCACCAUUUGGCUCUAGCUCAUCAGGUCCUUUUUCUUUUGGGACGUCAACUACGACUGCAAGAAAUGCCGCUGUACCCACCCCAUUUGGCUCUGGAUCAUCAGGUCCAUUUUCUUUUGGGGCCUCGGCAACUGGGACUACAAGUAAUGCCUCUGUGCCCGCACCCUUUGGCUCUGGCUCGUCAGGUCCUUUUUCUUUUGGGACGUCAACUACCACUACAAGUAAUGCCCCUGCACCUACACCUUCGUUUGGUUUUGGAUCGACUGCAGGCAAAGCGCCUGGGCUCAUGCUUCCAACCCCUGCUCCAUCCGUGUCAAAUACGUCCGCUGCCCUUUCCUUUGGAUCUCCAGGAGGUUUCCGGUCCACCAACGCUGCUGAUGGGCACUUCGGAAGCAAAGACUGGCGUUGGAGUGCUUCUGUUGCAACCACGGGUGGGACGAAAAGCACUCCAUACCAACCUACACCUCGUCAGGUUGAAACCUCUACCGGUACCAUCCUUUUUCAAACGAUAUCUGCCAUGCCUGUGUACGAGCACAAGUCUAUCGAAGAACUAAGGUAUGAAGAUUAUCUUCAAGCAAACAAUGGUACAGGAAACGGCACUGCCACACGAGGAUCAUCUUCGGAGGUCUAUGGGACAGGCAAAAGAACGACACGACAAGGCACAGUUGUUGAAAGUCUUGCGUCCCUGUCACUAUCUCCAGUUCCUGCCUCGUGUCUGUCAACAAAGCGCAUGCGAGCAAAAAGCAGAAAAGUGAAGCCCUCAUUCGUUCCAGUUUCCGCGAUGUAUGCGUUCAUCCAUCAAAGCGCUUCGUCCAUGUCAUUGGAUCAAUUCAAAUCCUUUUUUGACAAGGAUCUCAUCGAAAAGGUUGGUCGCUUCCAGCUUGGACAACGCAGAUGGAAUAAGCUGACCGAGGACGAGAGGAUACUGGAGACGUACGAUAUCCUCAGCGACUCUUUGAUCCACACCGAAUCAUUGAAAAACAGCAAUUUUGACGAGUUCCUCACGUUGCUGAACCAAACUAUCGGCGGAGAGACUGCGCAGCGCAAACUAAUUGAAGGCCAGAUUCGUAGGUCUCUUCAAAGUCUGAAGGAUGGAAAGUACAACGCGCAAACUAUGAUUCGUUGUAUGGGGGGCAGUGAAGUCAUGCUCUCUGAUUGCAUUGAAUCCGCUGCUGCCAAAACCCACGCACUCCUUGGAGGGGAUGCCGUGAAGAGGAUUGUGCCCGACUUGAUCGAUUCAUUCUGUGAGAGUUAUCAGAGUUUAGAAGAUGCUGCGUUUGCCAACUUGGAACAGGAUGGCCCAGGCAGUAUCAAUGUUCUUGCACUUCCCAUGGUUGAACUGAUCUCGUGUCACAAAAUUGGUUCCAAGCUAGAUUUGGGUGAUCUUGGACAAUGCGCUGAAGCAAGAAUGAAAGUCUUGUUUAGGAGGCAACUCGACGUUCUCCUUUGUCAGUCCAGCCAAAAAAUCCCAACUUUCGGGGCUGCGCUCAACCGCAACCAGCGCUGGGAUUUGUCGGUCGUCGAUUGGCAUCAGAUUUGGGGUUCAAUCUUACUUGUUGCUUCCAUCAGCAAACACUUCAAUUUGGCGUUUGGCAGGGAAAAAGUAUCGAUUCUGGACAUUCAGUAUGCUAUGGCCCAGUCGAAAUGGCUGCAAUGGGUCGACGCAUAUAAGUACGCGCCGAACGGCGCAUUCGCGAAGGCUAAUGUGUGUCCUUCGUGCGGAUCCGGGUGUAAUGCAAGGGCAAACAUGAGAUAUUGUAGUGGAUGCCGAAACGCCUAUUUUGAAGGCCUUUCACCGCAACCCCCCCCGGUCAAAUGCUUUGCUUGUUGCAUGGCGGUUGAGAAUGGCAGAUGCUCGGGGGAGGGGUGCUCCUAUUCCUACCACUUCCUGGGCGAUGCCGUGCUCUACCGAGACGCAUUGGUGCACAAGUUUGAUGCCACUACAUUGGAGCUGGAACCAAAGAGCCCCAACCCGAAAAAGACCGUGAGGGUACCAAGCAGUCUGUCAAGCCCAAAGCAUUUUGGCCAUAUCGCUUUUCUUUACUGUGAAUUCAUGGAGUCCCUUGAUGCCAUCGAGGAGAAAGCGUCACCCUAG